CCGGAGCGGCGGCCUCGGCGCUGCUGGCGGCCGAGCGCCCCGCGGAGGUGAGGGGCGGGCUGCCCGGAGGGAUCGGAGGAGGAGACAGGUCGGCAGGCGCGGAUGCGGUGGCUGCCCACGCGGCGCUGGGCAGGCAGAGCCGUGAGCGCGUGGCGGACCGAGUGGGGCACGGCUCCGAGCAGUGGGAGUGUGCCGGUGGGUCCGUGGUCGAACUUUGUCUCCGCCGUAGCGUCGAUCUCCGCGAGCGCGAUCCGAUACCCCGGAUGCACAGGCCCUGAGGCUUCUGGAUCCUCCAAGGACCAGCUAAAAGUAUGAGAAAUCACCAAGGUCUCAUGGGGGAGGCUCCUGGUGUUGCUCUGGCUUCCUGGUGAGUGCCCAGCUUCCUCGGUCCCAAAUGUGGGAGGAGGAAUCUUGCUGUGGUGGAGCUGUGGGCCAGCAAGGAUGUUCCCCAACUCACAGAAACUCCAGGGCCAAGAGCCCACAGCACUGCCCGCCCUGAGAAGUGCUGGAAGCUGGGUUUAUCCCCAGGCCAGAGGACCUGUUUUUCCUGUUUCCUGAAGAAUUCCCUGCAUCCUGGUCCAGGCCUAUGCAUUCAUGAAUGAGAAACCUGAGCGGGCUCUGAACAUCCUGACUGUGAGAGCAGGGGCUGGUCAGAAACGGACUGGUGGACUGCAUCUGGCCCUCAGGAUGUAGUGUGCCUGCCCCUGUUGUGAAGUUUUAAAGGGCAAUGGCCACAGGCCCGGGCCGCUGGAACAGCACCGUCAAUGACACCUGGGGUGGGGACGAGCUGGGCUACAAGUGCCGCUUCAAUGAGGACUUCAAGUACGUGCUGCUGCCUGUGUCCUACGGUGUGGUGUGUGUGCUCGGGCUGUGUCUCAACGCCGUGGCGCUCUACAUCUUCCUGUGCCGCCUCAAGACCUGGAACGCGUCCACCACGUACAUGUUCCACCUGGCCGUGUCCGAUGCGCUGUACGCAGCCUCCCUGCCGCUGCUGGUCUAUUACUACGCCCGCGGGGACCACUGGCCCUUCAGCAUAGUGCUCUGCAAGCUGGUGCGCUUCCUCUUCUACACCAACCUUUACUGCAGCAUCCUCUUCCUCACGUGCAUCAGCGUGCACCGAUGCCUGGGGGUCCUGCGCCCGCUGCGCUCGCUGCGCUGGGGCCGGGCCCGCUAUGCCCGCCGGGUGGCAGCUGCCGUGUGGGUGCUGGUGCUGGCUUGCCAGUCACCCGUGCUCUACUUCGUCACCACCAGCGCGCGUGGCGGCCGCAUUACCUGCCACGACACCUCAGCACCCGAGCUCUUCAGCCAGUUCGUGGCCUACAGCUCUGUCAUGCUGGGCCUGCUCUUUGCAGUGCCCUUUGCCAUCAUCUUGGUCUGUUACGUGCUUAUGGCUCGGCGGCUGUUGAAGCCAGCCUACGGGACCUCGGGAGGCCUGCCGCGGGCCAAGCGCAAGUCGGUGCGCACCAUUGCCGUGGUGCUGGCUGUCUUCGCCCUCUGCUUCCUGCCUUUCCAUGUCACCCGCACCCUCUACUACUCCUUCCGCUCCCUGGACCUCAGCUGCCACACCCUCAAUGCCAUCAACAUGGCUUACAAGAUCACCCGGCCGCUGGCCAGUGCCAACAGUUGCCUUGACCCCGUGCUCUACUUCCUGGCUGGGCAGAGGCUUGUGCGCUUUGCCCGAGAUGCCAAGCCACCCACAGACCCCACUGCUACUACCCCAGCUCGCCGCAGACGGGGCCUGCACAGGUUGGACAGGACCGACAUCAAGAGGACAAAAGAUGUGUCGAGCAGCAGUGAGGACUCUAGGCGGACAGAGUCCAUGGCAGCUGGUGGUGAGAACACUAAGGACAUCCGGCUGUAGGACCUGAACCCCUGGCGCCUGUGCAAGUCCAACAUGCUCCAUCGCACCACUGGAUAAUGCUGAAUGAUUGGAGGUGUGGACCAGCAUGUGAGAGAGGCUUCCUGGGACACACUCCUGAACUGUAGCUUCUGAGAAAAGCAGUUUAUCGGAGAAGAACAUCCAGGUGCAGGGUACAUCCUGGGCAAAGACAUGGGGGCAGGAAAGCAGGGUAUGCAGGAAGUGGAAGCAGGCUGGGCAGCUGGUGCUCAGUCUCAAGGCAGGAAUCAGGCUGGGAGUGGGUCACCAGGCUAACAAGUCAGGGCUCCUUCCUUGCCUUUACCUGAGGUCUCCUUUGCAUUGGGGCUAAGUAUGGGAGAGAUUCGCUUCUCUUCCUGUCCCAUCCUCUGCCUCCUGGGAAAAUCCUGCUAUAUGGCAUAAUAGUUGGUGCUCAGACUGGCUCAGGGUGAGGUAGAUCUUUCUCACCUGGACAGAUUCUAGGUCCAGCCAGGACCACUGUGGAGGUUUGUGGAGCUGAGCUGGACAGGGACCAGCUCAGCCUUGGGGCAAAGCUAACAGGUCUCAUUUUUUAAAAAUAUUUUAUUUAUUUUUGAGAGAGCACAAGCAGGGGAAGGGCAGAGAGAGAGGGACAGA